UUUUCUUCUUUUAGCAUCCAGGCUCCUAAGGAUGUGUCUGUCGGCGUGAUUUGCACCUGCUUCACCCCUCAUGUCGGUGUUCGGUAGCUGAACUGAGCUUUUUUUUUUUUUUUCAAUUGGCGCUGUCAGUAAACCACACAGAAAGCUGUAGACGACGUCAUUUAAUGUCAUCAGAGAGGCGAUAAAGGGCAGCGACUGAGAGGAUGUGGUGAUUCCCCCCCCUUACAAGAUACAGCAGUGAGACAGCAUCUUUACCGGUGACACACCAUUUAACACUACAACUGGACAAGGUCUGCAGGACACCAUGUCGGACAAAAGCGACCUAAAAGCGGAGCUCGAGCGGAAGAAGCAGCGCCUAGCCCAAAUCAGGGAGGAGAAGAAAAGAAAGGAGGAGGAGAGGAAGAAGAAAGAGUCAGACAACCAGCAGAAGGCGGAGGUGACCCCAGAAGAUUCGGAUUUGGAUCGCAAGCGCCGGGAGACCGAGGCCCUGCUGCAGAGUAUUGGCAUCUCCCCGGAGCCUUCACUAGUCCCGACCCCCGUUUCCCCCUCCAAAUCAAUGAGCACGCCCAGUGAGACGGGGAGUCAGGACUCGGCCGAUGGAGGAGCCGCCGGCAGGUUCAGGUCAGGUUUCUCUAAAAACAAGUUCCAAGCACAAAGCUCAAGGACACUGCAGUGGGACACAGACCCCUCUGUGCUGCAGCUGCAGGUGGAUUCAGAGCUCGGGCGCAAAAUGCAAAGGCUGGGGGCCUCGAAGAUCACACAGGUGGACUUCCUGCCCAAAGAGGUUGUCUCUUACWGCAAGGAGACACAGACGCCGUUCACUCAUCUGUGUCAGGUAGAGGAAGAAGAGGAAGAUGAAGAGAUGAUGGAGGCAAAGCCAGGCCCAGAGUUUGAGCAGCGAGAUGACGACGAAAGCAAGGAAACCAAAGAAGGCUUGUUUCCGGUGCUGCGGGAGCUGACAGAGGAGGAGAGGCAGCAGAUCCUCCACUCCUCUGAGUUCCAGAGCUUCUUCGACUGCAGCAUUCGGGUGAUGGAGAGAGCUCUGGCUGAAGACAGCAACAUCUUCUUCGACUACAGCGGCCGAGACCUGGAGGACAAAGAGGGAGACUCGGGCUGCGGCUCCAGUUUGUCCUUCAGUCGACUCUUCUAUGACGAGCACUGGUCAAAACAUCGUGUCGUCACUUGUCUCGACUGGUCCCCUCAGUAUCCUGAGUUGUUGGUCGCCUCCUAUAAUAACAAUGAAGACGCUCCCCAUGAACCGGAUGGCGUUGCCCUGGUGUGGAACAUCAAAUUUAAGAAAGCCACACCAGAGUACAUCUUCCACUGUCAGUCUCCAGUGGUUUCUGUUGGUUUUGCCAAGUUUCAUCCCAACCUGGUGGUCGGUGGGACUUACUCAGGACAGAUCGUCUUGUGGGACAACCGCAGCCACCGUCGGACCCCUGUCCAGAGGACUCCCCUGUCUGCUGCUGCACACACCCACCCUGUGUACUGCGUGAACGUGGUGGGCACCCAGAACGCCAACAACCUGAUCAGCGUUUCUACAGACGGCAGGAUGUGUUCGUGGAGUCUCGACAUGCUUUCUCAGCCUCAGGAGACCAUGGAGCUGGUGUACAAUAAGUCCAAACCCGUGGCGGUGACAGGCAUGGCUUUCCCCACAGGAGAUGUUAACAACUACGUGGUGGGGAGUGAGGAGGGGACUGUCUACACAGCAUCCAGACAUGGCAGUAAAGCAGGCAUCUGUGAAAUAUUUGAGGGGCACCAGGGGCCCGUGACGGGCAUCAGCUGCCACGGCGCGGUGGGCACCGUAGACUUCUCCCACCUCUUCAUCACAUCCUCCUUCGACUGGACCGUCAAACUCUGGAGCACCAAGCACAACAAACCCCUGUAUUCUUUUGAGGACAAYGCUGAUUACGUGUACGAUGUCAUGUGGUCGCCUGUGCAUCCUGCCACCUUCGCCGCCGUGGACGGCAUGGGCCGCUUAGACCUGUGGAACCUCAACAACGACACGGAGGUGCCAACAGCCAGCGUGACCAUUGAGGGUGCUUCAGCUCUGAACCGGGUCCGCUGGUCAUCAGGAGGGAAGGAGGUGGCUGUGGGCGACUCAGAGGGCAGAGUUUGGAUCUACGAUACGGCAGAGCUCUCCGUGGCUCACCCCGAUGACUGGGCUCGCUUUGCUCGCACCCUGAUGGAGAUCCGCGCGAACCGGGCCGACGGCGAGGAGGAGGGACCUAUGGAGCUGGCUUCAUAGAACAAUACCGUGGAACCAAAAAAAAAGGGCGCAGGAAUCAGAAACCGUGUGUGCUUUCUUUGACGUCAGUGUAGCAUGUUUCGUUUCUCUACUUUUAUGUACUCAUUACAAACGAGGCGGGGCUUUUUUUUAAGUGUUUUUAUUUAUUUUAAGGACAUUGUUCUGAAAAUAAGUGACAUCUACUGAUUUGUCUGUUAGUAUUUAUUUGUCUCAGGUGGUGUGUUGCUUGCAACUCGUGAGCCUACAGUAKAUAAAGUGUUGGUCUUAUAGCCUUAUAAAAUUAUGUGUACUGUAACAAAGCUUUGCACUAUGUUAAAAAUGAAGCAGGGUUAUAGGCUUGUUGUGUGUUGUUUACAAAAUACGAUGAUCAUCACUUUCUUUUCCUUGUUUUGAAUCUGCAUGCAACACAUAGCUGCAAUGUUCCGGUUGCAGAAACAUGGCGCUUUACGUUACGGCGCGUCGUAGCUGCUUUAGGUUUCAGUCAGUGUGUCGGAAACUGAAUGACGUGUGCUUUUCUGUACUGAACAACAGCUUCGACCGUGUAUUCGAUAAUAGACUGUAACUGUGAACAGGAGGUGUGUUGUAACGCGGAGUGAUGGCUGUGAAACCUGCUGUGGUUAUUAUUAAAACAGAACCAACAAACU